AUGGCGCGAUCGGGCGCGCGGCGCGAGACGCGGGCGAGCGCGCGCGCGCGGGCGUCGUGCGCGCGGGCGUGGACGGUGAACGAUGCGCGACGCGCGCGGUGGUCCACGCGCGCGCGCGCGCGGACGGAGCGAGAGCGAGAGGUGGAGGAGGUGACGAAGAAGUGGGGAUUGGAGGCGGGCCUGUGGCGGGUGUGGAAGAGCGACGCGAAAGCCGAGGGCGGUGGUGACGGUGAAAACCCGGUCGGGGAGUCGCUGUCGCGAAUGGAUAUGGCGAAGAAUCUGCUGAAGCGGUACGGGAGCGCGUACCUGGCGACGUCGAUCUCGUUGUCGUUGAUUUCUAUUACGGUUUUUUAUUUCCUCGUCGCGGGGGGCAUCGACGUCGCGGCGCUCUUGGAAAAGAUUGGAAUCACGGUGAACGCGACGAGCGAACAGUUUGGGACGUUUGCGUUGGCGUACGCGGCGCACAAGGCGAGCUCGCCGAUCAGGUUCGGGCCGACGGUGGCCUUGACGCCGCUCGUCGCGCGUUGGAUGGGUAAAGACGUCGACGACGCGGAGGAGCGGACGACGGACGAGACGGACGGCGGCGCGCCGUGA